AUGGUUUCAAUGAUGAAUUUGGUUCAAUUUAUGAUUUCAAUCACAAUCCUUUUUUGUUGUCAAUAUCAAGCAGCAAUCAUCAGUGACGACAACCAUGAAAUGAGUGAUUCGGAUUUUAAUGAUAAUCGUCAUGUAGUAUAUCCCAGUGAACAAGAUCGUAUUUAUCAUCAACUAUUUCAACGAGCAUCACUACGUUAUCAUCCACAUGUUCUUUAUAAAAAAGCUAGCCUCAAACCAAUUAUUGGUUAUAAUGGAAAACUUAUAUUAAAUGAUCGUGAUGAUGAAUGA